AUGAAGUUGUUCCAAAAUAGUUACGAUUUUAAUUAUCCAUGGGACCAAGUAACUGCAGCUAACUGGAGAAAAUACCCAAAUGAAAUAUCUACACAUGUCAUCGCAGUGGACGUUUUAAGGAGGGAAUUAAAGAACCAAGGUAUGGUGCUGGUUACUGAACGUUUGAUCACUGUGAAACAAGGCGUUCCCAAAUGGAUCAUGAUGAUGUUGGGAGGCACCAAUUUGAGUCAUGUAAGAGAAGUUUCGGUGGUAGAUCUGAACAAUCAGAGCCUAACCAUGAGAAGUUGUAAUCUAACAAUGUGUAAUUUAUUGAAAGUCUACGAAACAGUUACAUAUAGCCCGCAUCCAGAUGAUUCAGCUAGCAAAACACUCUUUCAGCAGGAGGCCCAAAUUACUGCAUACGGAUCCAUUAGGAAACUAUGUAAUAAAAUGGAAGAUUGGUCUGUACAAAGAUUUUGCGAGAACGCUAAAAAGGGUAAAAUGGGAUUCGAUGCCGUUUUGCAAGUAUUCAGUGAAAAUUGGGAAAAACAUGUUGAUGAUUUGAGUAAUCAGUUUGUUAGUAAGGUUAAUGAGACCGUGGAGGAUGUGAAAAUAUCCGCAGGGACGCUUCUUAAAGGAACUGAAAUGAGCGGCAGAACCAUUUUACAGCAAAAUAUUGACUUAUUCAGAGAAGCAUACAACCACGAAAAUUAG